ACAGAGAGAGUGAGUGAGGCAGAUACAGGGGAGAGGGGGAGACUGGAGGCUGUAGGAAGGCAACAGCAGGAGAGGAGGAGGACAUCACAGGGGGUAGAUACACCACAGGCUGAGAGAGAAUGUAAAGGAGCUGGCAGCCUCUCACCUCCCCCAUUCAUACAAAUCUCUCUAUCAUCCUGCCUGCAGUAAGCAUGAGAAGGAUCAGGGCUAAUGCCAUCGCCAUCCUGACUGUAGCCUGGAUACUGGGCACCUUCUACUACCUAUGGCAAGACAACAAACCUCAUCCUGCAACAUCCAGCAAAUCACCAGGCAGAAGCCGGGCAGCAGUGAGGCAGGAAGGGCACAGAGAGGACAGGACCAGCCCUGGGGCUGUGACGUCAGCCUUGCAGACAGAGAAGGGGAAGCUGAAUAGUUUUGAUGAGAAGUUGUAUCUCUCCUCAAAGUUUCUAAAAGCUGGAGAAGAUCCUUACCGGCAGCAUGCCUUCAACCAGCUGGAGAGUGACAAGCUGAGCAGUGACCGGCCUAUUCGGGACACAAGACAUUACAGAUGCACCUCUGUACAUUACGACAAUGACCUUCCAUCCACUAGUAUUAUUAUUACUUUUCAUAAUGAAGCACGUUCUACUCUGCUCAGAACCAUUAAAAGUGUUUUAAUCCGAAGCCCUCCAAAUUUAAUACAAGAGAUCAUUUUGGUGGAUGACUACAGCACUGAUGCCGAUGACUGCCAGCUCCUCACAAAAAUACCCAAGGUGAAAUGCUUGAGAAAUAACCGGAGAGAAGGACUUAUUCGUUCCCGUGUUCGAGGAGCUGAAGCAGCUGUUUCUGGAAUUCUCACUUUUUUGGACAGCCACUGUGAGGUUAACAACGAGUGGCUUCAGCCUUUGCUUCAGAGAGUCAAGGAGGAUCACACCUGUGUUGUUAGCCCAAUCAUUGAUGUCAUCAGUCUGGAUAAUUUUGCUUAUCUUGCGGCUUCUGCAGAUCUCAGAGGAGGUUUUGACUGGAGUCUUCACUUUAAGUGGGAACAGAUUCCUAUAGAACAAAAGAUGUCCCGAACAGACCCAACUUCCUCAAUACGAACUCCAGUUAUUGCUGGCGGUAUAUUUGUGAUUGAUAAGUCAUGGUUCAACCAGCUAGGAAAGUAUGAUACUCAGAUGGACAUCUGGGGAGGAGAGAACUUUGAGCUCUCCUUCCGGGUCUGGAUGUGUGGAGGCAGCUUAGAAAUCGUUCCCUGCAGCCGUGUUGGCCAUGUGUUUAGAAAGCGCCACCCCUAUGAAUUCCCAGAUGGCAAUGCUCUGACAUAUAUCAAGAACACUAAACGCACAGCAGAAGUUUGGAUGGAUGAAUAUAAACAGUAUUAUUACCAGGCUAGGCCUUCUGCCAUAGGAAAGUCCUUUGGAAGUGUGUCCGACAGACUGGAGCUAAGAAAGAAGCUGAACUGUAAAACAUUCCAAUGGUACCUCCAGAAUGUCUACCCUGAACUCAAGAUCCCAGAAAAGGAAGUGGUCACAGGGAUCAUAAAGCAGGGAGGAAACUGUUUGGAAUCUCAGGGACCAGAUACAGCGGGAAAUACUCUGGCUGGGGUCGGCAGCUGCAAGGGAACUGCAGGCACUGCACCAGCCACACAGGAGUGGGUGCUUAGCGAAACUUUAAUCCGACAGCAAGAUAAAUGCAUGUCCAUUACAUCAUUUUCCACAGGAGCUUUGGUAAUGCUUGAACCAUGCAACCAGAAAGACAGCAGACAGAAAUGGAAAUUGAAAGGACACUUCUUGCAGCACCUGAGCAGCGCACUAUGUCUGGAUACUCAUUCGUCCAGGGUCCUGAUCAACCCUUGCCAGUCAGAUCUAGCAAGCCAGCAGUGGGAGCUACUCCAGGCUACUUGAAUCCUUAAACACAAGUUUGCAUGGACUUGAUCCAUGAAGAAAGGACACUGGAACAUUUUGUGGACCACCUCGUUCUCCACAUUAAACAAAAAGAUCCCUUGUAGGCGGUUAGACACUGCCCGACCAUGAGUGGAUUUACAUGAUAUUGUCAUGUUUUCUUUUGUUGUUUUUCUCAGGUGCUUUUGGAUGUGGCACACACCAUGAAUUUAUAAUUGACCUGGUAUAUUAUUCAGUCCCUUAUAUAUGUUGCAAGCAGAUUUACAUAUUCUUUGUUCUGCAACAUUUUGUGGGUCCCCAAUACUGAUGUGAUGUUCUUAAAACUUGACAUUCUAUGAGGCAUUCUAUCCUGAUACGUAAUAUGACCAUGUAACUUCUUAACAUGUAGUAAGUAAUAUCUUCCAGACCAUCUUAUGUUUAAGACUUUGAAAUAGCCUAGGAUGUGAAACUCAAAAUUUGUGUGUUACAUGCAUUAUAUACAGAUCUAAAAUCUUAAUCUUCAGAUGCACAGGAUUUGUCGUUUUAAACAGAUCUAAAAUUUUCAGAUUCACAGAAUUAAUUGUUUAAACUAAAAUUGUUUAAAAUAAUAGCCUUUUUGUAUGUACAGCUCUAGUAUUUCAAGGUCUGAUUGGGUUCUUCAUCUGUGUAGUUCUAAAUGUUAGAGGCUCAAACAUGCAACCCUGAGUACUCAUCCCUCUGAUACUUAGCUCUGCAUGUUAAUAAAAAUGGGGGAGUUGUGGCUCUGGCUUUAAUAGUUUUGUGUUACUGUGUUUACGACCAAACUGAUUGUCAAAAGAGUUAUAUAAUAUAAUAUGUUUGCCCUUUGAUUGGAAACUGUACCUGAAAGACAAUAAUAUUUUAUAAUAAGCUAAUGUUAACUUAUUGUAAGCAA